UUACAAAACAAGCAGACCGAUAUAUGCAUAUCCCAAGAUUUUCAAAAGCAAAUAGAAGAGAUAAAAGAACAUGCAAAAGGUGAAUUAGCGGAGAAGAUAGAGGAAGCUAAGAAUCAGUAUUAUAUGAAAGUUCAACAGUUAGAGCAACAAUUGAAAAUGACAGAGAAAGACCUUCAGCUGAAGCGUGAUCUCAGAUCAACACCGGCAAAAAGUAAACCUAAAGCAAUGAAACUUACAUCUUUAUAUCCUUUCGAACUAGAGCUACAUUUGCAAGUUACCGAACCAACAGGUGAGACAAGCACAGAAGGGAAUCAACGUAUUUAUCAAACCAUGGAAAAAUAUGUAAAGGGAAUAAAAACGCCAAUCAAUUCUACUGAUGAAUCGGUUCACCGCCUGCUUGGUUACAUUAGUAAACUUAAAGACUGUAAGAUUGUUGAUGAUUUGAAAAUAGAGAAAUCUGCCUACAUCAAAAUCCACUGUUUUACUACUGAGGCAAUUAAAGAGUUUCUCAAGUUAAUCAAUAGAAACGAGUUUCAGGAAGAAGUAGUUGUUCUACAAAAAUGCUUAGAUAGAGAGAAAAACAUAAACGUGCAUGAUGUGACAGUGAGCUGCUCAUCGGAAAGCAUAGGAAAUACAAGAAAGCGUCUAUAUGACCGUUGUCCACCCCGAGGCUUCACUUGUAGUAAUCAUAAAGACACGCAAUGUACGUGGUAUUGUUCUGACCAUGACGUAUUUUGCUGCUCGAAGUGUAAGGAUUUAGGUCAUAGAUCAUGUGUUGGAUUAAAGCAAGUCGUAUCAGAAAGAUCUCACGGGAAACAGAAUCAAAGUCUUGCCAUUAAGGGUAUGAUUGGAAAGUAUAAUGUACAGAUAAAGAAUCGUUUCAUGAAAAGAGAUGACAAUGAUGGAGAUGACUGUAAAAUAAGCAGUAUCUGUAUGCAUCCUGAUGGUAACGUUCUCCUUGUUGAUACUAUUAACGGGAAGCUGAAGAAACUGGGAAGUUCGUACAACGUCGUCAGUCAAUGUGAUAUUCUCAAAGUGUCCUACUGGACUGACGUGUGUUAUAUAGGUGACGAUAGAGCUGUUGUCUGUUAUGAGAAUGGUAAAAUUCAGUAUGUGAAUGUAUCGGAUAAGUUGAAGCUUGAGCAUUAUAUAAAGCUUGACCACGGCUGUAAAGGUCUUGCUUGUAAUAGUGAUAAACUCUAUGUCAGAGAUGAUAACACGAUAUAUACCUAUACCAUUCGCUGUGAGCAGAAACAUCUUCUUUACAGCAUAAAAGGAAUAAACCCGUGUUUCUCCCGUAUUGCUAUUAGUGAUAACGGUGAACUCAUUUAUAUUACAAUUGGUGCAAAAGGUCUUAUAACAAUAGAUAACAAGGGAAACCAUCUAUUCACUUUGAAGCCUGACAUAUGUAAUGUAACAGUAGAUGUAUGUGUUGUUGGUGACGGUACUGUACUUGUAUUAGACGAAAAUGCAAGUGUGCAUCAGGUUGAUUAUAGCGGUAAACAAGUUCUGGGAACAGUUAUUGUUCAGUCAGAUAAUGUAGAUACACAAUACCCGUUUUGCUUUGAUAGACAACGAUGUAGACUAAUCGUUGCGGGGAGCAGAGACAACUGUAUACAUGUCUUUAAGCUACAGCACCACAACAGUGAUACAUUUAUGAAGUAAGGUAUUAGACCCAUAACAGAGUACCUCCUUUUGAAGAGUAUUCAAGUCUUACCAUAAACCUACUUGACGGAAAAUUUUCUUUGGGUGGAGUAGAGGGGGUGGGUGUAGGGGGUUUCAAGCCCCACUGGGACCAAACGUUUUUGUCCUUAUUUUCCAUUUUUUAAAAUAAGUUAUUACUUUUUUCAAGAUUUAUUAUCGAUUUAUUGUACACAAGUGGAACAUUUUCAUUUGGUAAGCGAUUUCUUGCUGUUCGGAGUGAAUUCAGAGUUAGACAUUUUUAAAAAUACUGAGUUACA